AUGUUUCUAACGAAUGAAUAUUUUGAAGUUACUUGGGAUACAGACUGCGAACUUCUAGCCAAUUCUUGUUUGGAUGAAUGGCUAAUUUUACCUGAAUAUCCUGUUAUGUAUGGAUAUUUUCAAUUUGUCUACUUGACCAAUCGAUCAAUUAAUGAAUUUAAAAUCAAUGUCGCACCUGACUUUGUAUGUUUUGACGCACAGAAAUGUCCUACACUAUUAUCUCGAAUAGUUUCGAUUAAAAUAAUCGAUGGUCUUACGUGUUGCCGCACUUUUGACUUGUUUCCAGAAUAUCCAAGAGAACAUUUCCAUAUGUUGAAUAUAGAAUUCUUGCAGCUCUAUCGUGUAUGUUCGGCAACUGGUAAUGAAAUGUCAUGUGCAAAUUCAUCUUAUUUUCAUUGUAAUCAAUCUUUAAAAUGCAUUUCAUAUAAUCGCGUUGGUGAUGGAUUCAGAGAUUGUUAUUAUUAUGAAGAUGAAUCAUUUCCUACAUGUCAUCUGAAUAUCUCAAAUCAGUUUAGAUGCACGUCAGAUCCAACCAAGUGCUUGUUACCUGUAGCGAUUGGUAAUGGAUAUCCUGAUUGUCCACAAGGAGAGGAUGAGGCAAGUGAGAAUAUAUAUGGCAUCCAGCGACAAAUUCCAUUUUCAUCUAUAUGUGACAUAACUCCACACAUUUUAGACGCAGACGGGAAUGAAACUGAUGAAACAAACUGUGAAUGGUGGCCAUGUUAUACUGCAUACUCACAUUGUGAUGUGUUAUGGGAUUGUCAUAAUGGCAUCGAUGAACUUAACUGUCCCAAUAUGAAUUGCUCAUUGAAUGAAUUUCAAUGCAAAAAUGAUGGUUUAAAUUUAACGUAUUGUUUACCAUUAGUUCACAUGUUUCAUAAGCGGAGAGAUGAUUGUACGAACGAUGAGACUAUUCGAGAACUCUAUUUCUACAAUAGGACAAGUGACAUUAGCAAAUCUUACUACUCAUUUAACAAAUCCAAAUGUAUCACUGAAAACAGUAUUUGUGAUCGUUAUUCAGAAAGAGCAAAUGCACAAGAAGAGGUAUGCUUUAAAAAUCAAAAAGUCUCCAUACAAGUCGAUUUCGAUAGUAAAAUCUAUACAGUUGAUAAUAAUAGUACAUACUUAUGUAGUCUUCAACCUAACAUGGAGAUAUUCUUCGCUUUGACUGAUCGUUUCUUGACUCCUUCACGACUUGGCUAUUUUCCAUCAGCAACAUCUGCAACUUCUGUUCAAAAGUUUAUCGACACUUAUCAAUCGAAAACGAAUAUUCCUAAGAUAGAUAUUUCACUCGCUUGGUACUGUCAUUAUGGUGUUCUCACUCUAUUCAAUGGCGUUAAUAAAAACAAAGCAUGUCUUUGUCCACCAAGUUAUUUUGGUUCUCAAUGUCAAUGGCAAAGUCAACGUGUGAGUUUGACUUUACAGUUUAGAACACAAAAUGUUAUUUCUUCUUCGCUUAUUUUUCAAUCAGUCAUCAUGCUCAUUGACGAACAAGGAAGUAUUGCACCAAACUAUGAACAAAUAACAUAUAUAGCUGGUCAUGAUUGUAAUACAAAAUUUAAUAUUUAUCUACUUUAUCCACAUCGUCCCAAACGUUCAUCAGCAAAUUAUUUUAUUCGUAUUGAUCUUUUUGAUAAAUCAACAUUAGAUUAUUGGACAAGUUGGUAUUUGCCAAUUUCGUUUCAGUUUCUUCCUGUUAAUCGAAUAUCAACUCAGUUAGUUAUUCCUGAAGUACCCGAAAAUAAACUAUGUACACUGUCUUGUGGAAAACAUGGUCGAUGUAUGAAAUAUACAAAUAUGAAUAACUUAUUUUUUUGUCGAUGUGAUCAAGGAUAUGCUGGUAUUUUCUGUAAUAUUACAUAUCAAUGUCAAUGUUCAAAUGACUCAUUUUGUCUUGCUCCAUCUAUCUGUGUAUGUCCUUUGAAAAAGUUCGGCUCACAUUGUUAUUUGAAAAGAUCGAUAUGUCAAUCAAUGAACAAUCCAUGUCAACACGAUGGACUUUGUAUACCAAUUGAUAAUCGCAUUGAUUUGUAUGGAUUUAUUUGUGUUUGUAAAGAAGGUUAUCAAGGUACACGAUGUCAAUAUAAAAGCAAUCAAAUUGAUAUUCAUAUAGAUGAGACAAUACUAACAAUAAGUUCAUCAUUCAUUCUACAUUACAUAAUAGCAUAUGACAGAUUAACAAAACAUGAACGAAUAACUACACUAAAAAAGAUUGCUUUCGGUUACAAUACUAUGACCAUUUAUGUACAACAACCAUUUAACAUUCUUUUCAUACAAAUACCUGAUGGUAAUUAUUAUCUAACAGUAUUAAGAGAAAGAUUUAUACUAUCAGAAUAUAUUCGUACUACAAUAUCAUCAAAAAAUCGUUGUUAUCCAGUUUUUGAUCUUUUUAAUGAUACUUUUCGUCAGUUUGAAUAUCUACGUCAGGUAAAAUAUUAUCCACUUUUAUGUCGUCAAGAUCCACAAUUGAUGUGCUUUUAUGAUGAAUACUUCAUGUGUAUAUGUGAUAGUGAUCAUUUCUCAAAUUGUUUCCAAUUUAAUAAUACGAUAAAAUAUAAUUGUAAUGGAAAAAAUCUUUGUUAUAAUAAUGGUCAAUGUUUUCUCAACAAUGAAACCUGCCCAACAGCAUUCAUUUGUAUGUGUAAUGAUUGUUACUAUGGAAGACAAUGUCAAUUUUCAACAAAAAAUUUCAUUUUUUCACUCGAUCCAAUUCUUGGAUAUCAUAUUAAACCAAGUAUUUCACUUCAUCGACAGCCAUUUAUUGUCAAAUUCAGCAUUGCUAUUACUACAAUUAUGUUGAUAUUAGAAUUAAUCAUGGGUUCAUUGUCUACAGCAACGUUUCGAUUAAAAAACUCAAGACAAGUUGGUUGUGCUUAUUAUCUUCUAGCAUCAUCGAUUAGUUCAAUGUGUAUGAUUAUUGUAUUAACAAUUAAGUUUUGGCAACUUGUUCUUUCACAAAUGUCAAUCAUAACUAAUAGAUCAAUACUUUUUUUAAAUUGUAUUUCAAUUGAAAUAAUUCUUAAAUCUUGUUUAGCAUCAAGUGAAUGGCUGAAUGCUUGUGUAGCUAUUGAAAGAAUGUUUAAUGUUAUUAAAGGUGUGACAUUUAACAAAAAAAAGAGCAGAACAAUGGCUAAACGAAUGAUUUUUGUUGUUAUUAUUUUAACGAUACUGUCACAUAUUCAUGAUCCAGUCAUCGACAAUUGA